AUGGAGGCUCGUCAUAAGCGUAUGUUAGAGGAGGUAUUGAAGCUUCCAGGUAACGACACUUGUGCGGAUUGUCAUGUGCCUGCACCCAGAUGGGCUUCAGUAAAUCUUGGUAUUUUCUUAUGCGUAGGAUGUGCUUCCGUACAUAGGAAAAUGGGAACUCAUAAGAGUAGAGUCAAAUCGGUGACAUUGGACACAUGGACCAGAGAACAGAUAGUCCACAUGAAGGAGAUGGGUAAUACAUCAUCAAACGCAGUAUUCAACCCUAAUGAGAAAUUACAUCCACCACCACCUUCUUAUGGACAUGAUGAACGUGAUUCCGAAAUUGAGAAAUUCAUAAGAAAGAAAUAUGAAUUAGGUGUAUUCAAAGUUGGCCCUUCUUCUUCUUCUUCUUCUUCUUCGUCAAUACCACAAUCUAGGGGAUAUAACGAACCUACUUCAUUGAAUAGAGCAAGAGAAAGAGAUGGUAGAUUACCUGUUAAUUCAGAUCCAUGGAAAUCAAUAACUGUCAUUCAUAAUCCUAGAAAUCCAGAGUUAAAUGAUAUUAUCUCAUUCCAAGAUCAGAAAGAAAGAGAAAGGACGAGAGAUAAAAAGGAUCUACCUGCUUUACCUAUAUCCAACAAUAAAUCACCCAGACCAACAAAAUCCAACGUGACUCCUUCAGCUGCUCCGUGGGCAACACCAAAUUCAUCUGUUGGAACUCCCCCACCACCUGCUCCUAUUACUCAUUCAUAUAUGACAAAUGCACAUGACAGUUUAAUCGAUUUUAAUGGAACUCAAAACGUUACUUUACCUUUACAAAUUAACUUGUCAUCUACAUCCGGAUCCGCUGUGACAAAUUAUCAAAACCAAGCUCAUCAGAAUCAAAAUGGUUAUUUAUCGACAAAUCAGCAACAACAGGGUUUCUCGAUUUCACAUUCACCAAGUAUUGGAUAUCCGAUUCCGUCCCAAAACCAUAAUCAACCCUACCUAAAUAAUACAAUGUCUAUCCCUAAUGGAAAUGGUAAUACCAAUGGUAAUAGUAACUAUGGAGUAUCACCUCAAAUGAACUAUCAACCAAAUGGAAUAUCAUUUCAACAACAACAACAACAACAACAACAACAACAACAACAACAACAACAACAUCCGUUAUAUGGUCAGAAUGUAUCAACACAACCAAAUUAUCAAUCUCAAUCUCAACUUCAACAACCUUCUUACAAUCCAUUAACACCUGGAUCAAGUCCGAGUCCAAUACCAAAUUCGCAAUCCAGUAUGUUUGGUAAUUCACCUGCACUCAAUUCAUACGGUCAAGUCCAACAACAAGAACAACGACAACAAUUUGGUAAUUCACCUUUAUUCAAUCAACAACCUUCUUUCCAACAACAACAGCCCAAUACAUAUGGUGGUCAGGUACAGAACCAAUUUCAACAGCAUCAACAACAACCGUUGGCAUAUUCACAAAAUUCAUUUCUGCCACAUCAACAACAACAGCAAUGGAUGUCAAACGGAUAUAACAACCAAAAUCCAAUGAUGCAAGGUAUGGGCCAUUAA